CAUUUUAAUUAUAUGUAUCUACUUUAAAGAUCGAGUAAUAAAUUAAAUUAUUCAAGAAACGUUUAUUCUAUUAAUUUAACCAUUAAGGAAACUACAGCUAAGAGAAAAACAGUGCGAAGACGCGGUAGUAUUGUGAAAUUAUACCAACUUCAACUUAUAAGAAAAAUACUAAACUAACCCAGAAGAUAUGCAUAUUUGGAAUCAUUAGCACUGUAGUUGUUAUUGUGUCAUUAUAUCUAUUAGUGACGGCGGUUAUAAAGAGGGGAAAAAUAAACUGGCGCCAUCUAGUGCUCAUGGCUCACAAUAUGGUUGAAUGGUCUAGCUGACAAUAUGUGGGUCAGUUUUAAUAUGUAAACGGAAAAUUUGUGAAUUGACUUAUCUCCCACAAAGACAACAAACCGUAUGCAGUCCACAGAGACAAGAAAUGCCUAUAAAUACACAAUCCAAAAGAGACAUUAAUCAGUUCGACACAAACACUCAGAAAAUGAGUUCAAAAUUUGUUCUCUGCCUAUUUGCGGCACUUUGCUGCGGCAUUGCCGUAGCCAAGGCUGCUCCAAAGGCCACCAAGAAUGUGCUCAUCUACAAGCUGCAGGAUGACGACAGCGACGAUCAGGAACUCUACGACUCUCAGGCUUACUACAGCAACCUGAGAACCGAUCUGGAAGAGAACGACUUUAAUGCUGUGGACGACGAGGAGCAAGAAGAGGAAUCCGGUCGUCAGUACAACUAUCAACCGUACUACUAUCCUCCUUACGGAUACUCACCAUACUACUAUCCUUACCCACCACCCGGACCACCACCACCUAAACCACCAACUUCAUCAUCUAGUUCAUCAUCCAGUUCAUCAUCCAGUUCAUCAUCCAGUUCGGACACUCCGUCGUCGUCAAAGCCAGCUCCACCACCGCCACCGCCACCACCACCACCACCACCAGGCCCUCCUGGACAGUAUUAUCCACCAAGGCCUUAUCCUCCUGGACCUUAUCCACCAGGACCUUAUCCACCAGGACCAUAUCCACCAGGACCUUACCCUCCUGGACCUUAUCCACCAAAGCAUGGACACCACCCUGGCUACCCUUAUCCUCCUCCUCCUUCCGGCUACCCUUAUCCUCCAUACUAUCCUGGAUAUCCUUAUCCCAAGCCGCACACCACAACCACAAAGGCUCCUUCAACUGAGACCACUAAGUACUGCAAGAAGAUCUUCCCCAUUGGUGUGGUGUGCUUGUAG